CGGAGUGCAACCUUCCGAAUUAUUUGUACCAUGACACCCGACUACCACUUUACCUCUACCCAAGACUGGUUCUCAGGUCACAUCGCGGAAUGGCAAACACUCUUCCGCCAUGUACAGUCCCAAAGUCCGCGCGUGUUGGAAAUAGGUGCCUGGGAAGGCCGUUCAGCUGUCUUCCUUCUGACGGAGCUGUGCAAGGAUGGUGGGGAACUCGUCACCAUCGACCACUUUGACAUGAUGCAAACGGCCGAUGGGCGAGCUCGACAUGAAAAGGUCCUACACAACCUCCGCCUCACGAACAAAAAGUUCCGUAUCCUGGAACAGUUUAGUGUCCCUGGGCUCAUGCAACUCCUGUACGAGGAGGUGGUUGCUGCGGAGCCGGGAUAUGAUUGGAUCUAUGUCGAUGGCUCGCAUCGGGCAGACGAUACCUUUUUGGACGGGGAAUUGACAUGGCGGUUGGCGAGGGAGGGGGCCGUGAUCGUGUUCGAUGAUUACGAGUGGGAGAAAGAAGCUGGAGAUAAUGCCGAACAUCCAAAGAGAGGCAUCGACGGCUUUUUACAACUUCACGAUGGCGAAUAUGAGCGCCUGUCCGGGCCGGGAGAUUACCAGAUGAUCAUUCGCAAGGUGGUGGAAAUGCGAAUUGGGUUUUUGCUGGAUGGCGUAGGUGAUAGGAGAGCUCUUGAAGAUGUCCUUGGAUAUGGCGUAAACCUCGCGAUCGUUGCGGAUACCGAAUACGCCAUGCCGGCGUCGGUUGCAAUACGAAGUGCCGUGAAGAACGUCGCUGGACGAUGCACCGUAUACGUAUACGACUGUGGUCUGACAGAGGAGGACAGGUCACGGAUCACUCAUUCAAUUCCGAAGGAGUCAAGGAUUACCCACGUUUUCAUUCCCCAGCGCGAUGAUGACCUCUCCUCCAAGACAAGCCCUACGUGGGCGAAGCUCGAUCUCAUGAAACGGCUCCCCGUCGAGCGAGCUUUAUACCUCGACUCCGAUACGCUCGUUCGUGGGCCUCUCCUCCCUUUAUGGAACACUGAUUUGCAGGGAGGGUCACUUGGGGCAGUGUUGGACGUCGGUUUUCCCAAAGGGCACGGUUCUAUCGUUGAGGAAGAGGGCUACUUUAACGCUGGUGUCCUCCUGCUCGACCUGGCCAAAAUCCGACUUCGCCUUCCCCGGAUUUCCCAGCUGACGUCCGAAACCACAUUCAAAGACCAAGAUCACCUCAACGUUCACUUCGAGCAUGACUGGACAUCGCUGCCCCUGCGCUACAAUGCACAGGGACUGGGUACGUACGCAAAGAUUUCCACCCCGGAGCGGGAUGCCGCGUUCUCUGCGGCAGACUUUGAAGAUCCAGUGAUUGUGCAUUUCACUGGGCCCGUGCAUCCCUCAAUGGCCGUCGUCCUGAAUCCAUGGGUUCAGCCGUAUACAGCGAAACCGUGGGGAUAUGCGGGAGCCCCAGGACAUCCGUACACUGGAGAGUGGUGGGAUGCGUUGGAGGAGACGGCGUGGAAAGGGGUUCGGGAGAGUGAAGAUUUCCAGAAGUGUUCAGCGAGGAUUAUGGCGAGAGUUCGAGGUGAGGGAGAGAAAGAAUUUGAGAGACUGUUCGUUACCAGUCGUCAGUUGAAAUCCAAGUAGAAGGAAGUGUAAAGGCUCACCAUCCUUUUUUCUCCACAUGGGAUCCUAUAAAAAAUUGCGGCAUAUUUUCA